GGCUGAUGAUGUCAUCGGAGGAGGAGACCGAGUGUUUCGCCCUCUACGGAGCAACCACGGACAGUAAGCAACAGCAACUCUUGAAGAAGCAGAAGCGCACCAGACAGCGCGUGGACGCCGGCGAGCCACGUAACAGUUACUCGAGUAUUCCGAACUUUACCUCGCGGCCUUCCUUUCCGGGCGGUGGUUUUUACGGUGCGAUAUUCAGUGGUAACGGUGCACCCCAUCCACAAACUCAACAGUCGCAUCCACAACAACAACACCUUCAACAACAACAACUCCAGCAACAGUCUGGAGUGCCAAGAAAUCAAGGUCAUCUCAGUGCAACGACGGGUCCUACGGCAGCCCAGCAGCAUUCCGCCCACGCGGCCUUCGGCUUUUUUGGGGCAACGGGCUUCGGCCCUCCCAAGAUGCUUAACGAACUCCUAGGCCGACAGGUCAAGCAGGCCAGUGACGCCGGAGGAUCGCCUCUCGAAGGUAGCCACGGAAUGACUGGUGCCGGCAUGGAAUCUGCCGCUAAUCUGCAACAGGGGGCUAUGGUUAACUGUGACGAACUCACCACGGCGGAAUUAGCACCGCACAUGCUUCGAAACUUGCUGCAGACGCACAAGCUCAAUGCUCUCUCUGCGCAGGAUCAACCUACUAAUAACAACAGUAUUCACAAUAACAAUAACAACACGACGGACUUACUUAAAUCUCAACAGCAUCAACAACAUAGUCCUCAGCAACAUCAACAUCAGCAGCAAAAUAGUGACAGUGCGCGCAGUGGAACAGUGCAGAGUGGCGGGGAAGACAGUGUUGACGGCAAUAAUGUCGUGAAUAAUACGAACCACAGUGAUCGCGAUAGCGUGAUGCCGGGUGACGCUGAAGAUAGUGCAGAAGAUGUGGCUUCGGCUCAACGCGCCAUGGAUGAGGCGUUAGCCGAGGCUGGCAUGGAACCCGGUGCAAAUUUGGAUGGUUCAGAUUGUGAUCAAAGUCUUCCAUCCAGUCCCUCAGCUCCACAAUCGGCAUCUGUCUCAGUCAAGGAGGAGAUUCAAGAUUCGAUGAACCUUAAACGUAGUCCCAGUAAUUCACCCUGUCCAAUCGUUCCUAAAACAGAAACGAAUUCACCCACGACAGAAAUCAAACGAGCUCGAGUGGAGAACAUUGUUAGUACGAUGCGAAGCAGUCCGGCUCUUCAGCCAGUGACUGUAAACGGCUGUAAGAAAAGGAAACUUUACCAGCCUCAGCAGCAAACCGUUCACCACGUUCUCCAACAUGGUGUCACUGACUCCCUAAUGGAUUACGAGGAAGAGAGCGAGGAGGAGGAGGACCCACAGCCGAUUAGGCAAAAAAGAGAUAACCUUAAAAUUCAACUUAGGAGUCUACAUGAACAAUUGGCAGAAAUGCAGCAAAAAUAUAACGAGCUCUCUAGCAAAAUGGAAGUGGAAACGAGUGAAAAUGGGGACGCGCCACCUAGUCCACAACUUCAACCUCAACCCCCACCAAGACCACCACGACCUCAUCCACCUCCCUACAACGGCCUUGCAACUUUGCCACCCGACCAUCCGCAUGUCACGGCAGCAGCCGUAUACCACAAACUUUACCUAGAACAGCAACAACAACAAGCUGCCCUCGAAAGGAUGAAGCAACAUCAGGAGGCUGCCAGACAGCAGCAGCAGCAACUUCAACAAAAUUCACCUCAGUUGUCGAAUCAGUCGCAACAACCGAGUCAAAACAACACUGCACCACCGACACCGCAGACUCCUCAAUUGCAAACUUCAAGCACACCUUUAUUGCAUAAAGACUACAAAGACUUUCAAGAAAGGUUAAAUGUCUUCAGGGGGGCCGCAGCAACUGCGAGUUCCUCGGCACCUCACAUUACAGGUGCCGACCUUGAAGGAAUUGCGGAAACCUUAAAAACCGAAAUCACCUCAUCAUUGUCAAAUCUCGUCGACAGUGUAUUUGCGAGGUAUGCACCUCACAGAAGGUUUCUGGGCAAGACAAGUGAAGCAGUGCAAGCAGCCAGUGAACAACUCAGCAAAGAAAUUUUGGCAACUCAGGUCCUCGAGAGGAAGUCACCGAGGACGAAAGUUGUCGACAGGGGAGCACCUCAAACACCUGGAGGCCCAAACGGGCUACGGGGGCCCUUAAACGGUGGGCCCCCGCCUCCACAGUCUACGGGAUUUCCCCCACUCGGCCCCAUGGGUGGUGGUCCCCAUGGUCCACAUUCUGGACCCACCGAAAAUAAUCUUAACCAAAUUAACCAACUACCCCCGCAUGUCAGGCCAAGUGUCGGAAUGUUUCAAACCCCGAAAGCAUCUUCGAUAUACGCAAUGGCUUCGAUGCAUGCGCAACAGCAACAACAACAGCAACAGCAGCAGCGAGAACAGCAGCGGGAACAACGUGAACAAUAUUGCAAUAUGAGAAACGAUGACAGGGAAAGUAGGGAUUCGGAACAAAACGAAGCUCUUUCGCUUGUCAUGACACCAAAGAAAAAACGUCAUAAGUUGUUUUCUCAGGUGACUGACACAAGGAUUACGCCGAGAACAGUGUCAAGAAUCUUAGCGCAAGAAGGUUCCGUAUCCCAGGGUGGAAGUGAUAGUCCGCCGCCACCCCCGCCUCCCAGACCGUACCACACGCCGAUGCUACCAGUGUCUCUUCCAACGAGCGUGGCGAUACCAAACCCCAGUCUACACGAGAGUCAAGUUUUCUCUCCGUACUCGCCGUUCUUCAACUCUCACCCGGUACAUCCGGGUCAGGUACCACCGCCAGGGCCUCACCAUCUUCCGGCAAGUCCACCGGGCAGUGGCGUAGAGCUCAGGGAUUCACCUCCACUGCCUCAUCCUCCAGCCAUGUUGCACCCUGCCCUCCUCGCAGCAGCGCAACACGGAAGCCCGGACUAUGGACAUCUCAGGAUGGACAGCAACGACCGAGGUAGCGAUUGCAACUCCGGUGAUAUCAGUUUCGACGGAGUUCAGCCUACAUCGUCGACGUUGACGCCGAUGCAUCUCAGGAAGGCGAAGCUGAUGUUCUUCUGGGUGAGGUAUCCGUCUUCGGCUGUCCUCAAGAUGUACUUCCCCGACAUCAAGUUCAACAAAAACAACACCGCGCAGCUCGUCAAGUGGUUUUCCAACUUUCGAGAGUUCUACUAUAUCCAGAUGGAAAAAUACGCGAGGCAAGCAGUUUCGGAAGGUGUGAAAAACGCCGAUGACCUUCGCGUCGGAGGUGAUUCCGAAAUUUACCGAGUUCUCAAUCUUCACUACAACCGCAACAACCACAUUGAGGUAUGGGGUCCCCAGGUGCCUGGUAACUUUAGGUACGUAGUGGAACAGACGUUGAAAGAAUUUUUUAAGGCGAUCCAAGGUGGCAAGGACUCGGAACAGUCCUGGAAGAAGUCAAUCUACAAGGUGAUCUCGAGGUUAGACGAUCCAGUUCCUGAGUACUUUAAAAGUCCGAAUUUCCUAGAGCAGCUUGAAUAGGAUGAACAAAGGUGCUCCGCAAAGUACCCUUGAUUACUAGAGCGCCAAAUGGCCGUUUAGUGAUUAGCAAGUCUCCCCGACGGCCGAGAAGGAACUUAUCUCGUAGCUUACCGUCGAUGGAAGCGCAUCAGGUAUCCUUAGUAACAUAUCGAAUCCGAGCGAGAGGAAACGAAAGUGAAACACCGAGAAAUCAUCAUAACAUCGUAAUCUUCGUCACCAAUGCGGACAUGAGAAUUUUAUAUGGCGAGCGGGUUAAAUCCGAUUAUGCUCGACGUAUGAAAGAAACGGAAUACGCCGAAUCUUUGUUGGGUGAUAGGAUAACUCGACUUGUGUCAAUGAUAGCGUGUCAAUUAAUUUGGGCGAGAUGACAAUUGCAUGAAAAUGCACCUCAAAGAUUGAUUGACAAGUGGUCCGGAUGAGAAGGUCGAUAAUUCGCGCACAAUCUUAUUGUUCAACAGUGAGUGAACAAGUUCGCUUAUUUAUUCGAAACAUCUUUUAUACGAAAUGAGACAACAGCGUUUAUUUAUUGACAGGGCUUUCUCAGACAUCUGUAAAUCGAAUUAGAAAUUGAUGCACUUGAAUUCACGAAAUUGCGCUAGUAGAGUUCCUCAAGAUUUAUAUAAAUAUUGAUAAACUUUCAGAAUCAACAAAAUUUUGAAAUAGCCUGCCACAAAGUCCUUGGAGCGAUCUGUCAUUAACCGCCUGUCGCUUGAUGAUACGUCGCUGCCAAUUGUACAAUUUGAAUUUAGGACUAUAAAAAAAGGAAGGCACUUUGCUAGUACACUUUCGUGUAUGUGAUACUCGUCGCGUGCUGUGGGUGGCGUUUUUAUUAGAGCAGAUAGUUACUUCUUGAAAAGAAUAACGUCUGAGAGACAAGUUUCCUAGAGACUCUCGCAUCACGUGACGAGCAGCAUUUCGCCUUGGAGAAGACUCUCGAUGACGAGAACUCCAAAGCACUCUGCAAACGCAAAAAGCAGACGAAAUUUAGCACAGGCAUUCACGCACUUCUGCGUGAUGCUUAAUAAGUUCGUCAGGAACUUUCGGGUUCUUGAACUGUAUAUAAAAUUAAUGUAUUGUAUAGGCAACAGAGCAAGUUCGAUCGACGUGACGCAAAUGCUUUCGUGCAAAAGGGAGUGCAUGCGAGUGGAGAAAAUGAACGAGAAAGUGGAAUACGAGGGCUUUUCACGAAGAUAAAACUUCGCGAGAAGAUUUCGCCGAGAUGAAAGAGAAUUUUUCAAAGAAUUAUUUAAAUAUUCGCAGCAAAGUUAAACAUACACGUUACACAUGCUAUUGGACCAAAAAUUCAUUAAUGCUGAAGCGCAUUUCCGUCAAGACUCUUUGUCAACAAAAAAAUUUUCUUGACAUAAAGUGUUGACGGGAAAAAAUAAUAUCUUUAGAACGAUGGAGUUUUUUCUUCCGAGAUAAUUAAACAACGUUGAUUAGAAAAAAGUUCAUCUGCGUCUCAUUAAUGACAUAAAACAUUAAUUAUUAAAUAUAUAUCAGUUAUUAUUAGUGUAUUUGAGAUGCUAGGCUAGUCGUAUUGUCGAGAUUACUUGUAAAAAAAUAAAUUAGAAAAAGAGUCAAUCGUACCGGCGGCGUCCUGAUAGUAGUAGGCAAUGAUAAGUGAACUGAAAUGGUAAAAAAUUACAUUAGACGCGGGUACGUAUCUAUUAGAGUAGAUUAUAUGAGAGAAUAUAAUUAUAUAUAAAUAUAUAAAUAUAUAUAUUAGAUUUUUUGAGCAGUUAGUUAAUAAUGACGCGAUUUCUUCAAGUGAACACGAAUUAUUGCGUAUAAAUGCACGUAGAUACAACUAGAAGAAUUAAUUAUUUUUUGAAAACGCGAAAUUUGUGUUCUUAUUGUUGCGCUCUCUUUGAGAGGGACCAGUUGUAGAUAGAAUGUCAAGUAUUUAUAACUAUUUUGCGCAUUUUAGUGAGUUCUCGCAAUUUUAUUAAGAUUAUCUUACUACUAUCGCUACACUCCAUUGAUUUUCAACAUUAUCAUUACCAUUAUUGCAGUGUCACGUCGGAUUGAUUAAUUAGUAUUAUUUUAUUAGUUAAUUUAAUUUAAAUUAACAUAGUGAGCCAAUUAUUAUUUUAGUUUAAUUUACACGCAAUUCCCCCUGCAUUUUGUUUGCGAAAACGGAGUAUUUUUUUUCUUCUCUUUUUCUCUUUUCUUUAUAUUCCACACCCAUGUAUUUUAGCAAUCCCAACGCCACUCUGUACUUUAGUUGAGAUUAUGAUUUAGCGUUAUUGUAUGAUUUAACUUAGCAUAUUAUAUUAUAUUAUAUUAUACACACACACUUUUCGCAAGCGGUGAGUCUUAACCUAGUCACAAGUCACUAUUUUUUAAUUAAUUAUCAAUCGACUUAUUGAU